AUGUUGAGUACGGGCAUGUGGAAGUUAAAGGAGUUGACUGACAAAGUCACAAAUGUGGUGAUGAAUUAUUCCGAAGUGGAGACAAAAGUGAGAGAAGCCACAAAUGAUGAUGCAUGGGGUCCUCAUGGCUCACUAAUGAAGGAGGUUGCCCAAUACACAUUUACAUAUGAGCAUUUCCCAGAAGUCAUGGGCAUGUUAUGGAAACGGAUGCUACAUGACAAUAGGAAAAACUGGAGGCGAGUGUAUAAGUCACUGAUUUUGCUGAACUAUUUGGUCAAGAAUGGAUCCGAGCGAGUUGUGACGAGCACAAGGGAACAUAUAUAUGAUUUGAGGGGGCUAGAGAAUUAUUCAUGUCUUGAUGAACAAGGCAAAGAUCAAGGGCUAAAUGUUCGUCACAAAGUCAAGGAACUGCUUGAUUUUAUUCAAGAUGAUGACAGAUUGAGAGAAGAAAGAAAAAAGGCUAAAAAAACUAAGGACAAGUAUGUGGGGGUCUCCAGCGAAGCCAUGGGAUAUGGAGGUACCUAUAGCGAUCGCUAUGAAGAAGAACCUAAGAACUACCAUGAGCGAAACGAGAAGCAGAUGGGAGAAAUUGAGGACUGGGAUACGGGGAGGAAGUCAGUGGUGACCGGCGCCAUAGACAAGGCCAAAGAUUUAUGGAACCGUGCGCAGGGCAAGCAACAGCCAGAUGACAUUGAAGGCAACCGGUAUGAUGAGGAAUUUGAUCGGGAGAAAGACCAUGACAGAUAUAGAGAAGACAGGGAAAAGCGAGCAGGUGGAAGAGACCGGGACAAAUACGAUUUCAAGGAUGAUGAUGAGGAGUACACAUCCGUCGAAAGAACACAAACGACAAAAACAGAGAAAAUUACUACAAACCGAAGGUCCCGAUCCAUAGGCAAGAAACUUGAUCUUAGUGCCUCUACAGGUGUUGGGAAGGAUGGGGAUUCACAGAGCCAGACUUCGUCAACAGUGGACAGUGGUCCAAGUCUGUUUGACCUGGAGCCAUCCGGAGGUCAGGAAUCCUUUGCGGAUUUUUCCAAUUUCCAGUCAGCUUCAUCCAGAAAUGAUGAUUUUAAUCCUAGGAAUAAUGCAGUGCAAGGUGUCAAUGAAUUUGGUGAUUUUAGUCAGUUUGCCACGGGCUCAAGCAACACAAACUCUACAAGUGGAUUUGCAGAUUUUGGCCAGUUCAGUGCCGCAGCAGUUUCAUCUCCCACAUCACCUACUUCAGCCAUUCCUACAAAUGCAGCAGCAUCAGCAGCUCCAGCAGCACUGUCAUCCUCUGCUGCUAAUGACCUGUUUGAUGUGUUUUCUUCACCCACCACACCCACCCUAACACCGAUACAGCCCAACCUGGGCUUGAUGGGGGCGCCCAUGAUGGCUCCGGGGCUGAUGACCAGUAUGGCCCCGGGGAUGGCUCCCAUGGGCAUGUCUGCUGGAAUGACCAUGCCCAUGUCCAGCAUGGGUAUGCCAGCUGGGGGCAUGGCUAUGCACAGUCAGGGGAUGAACAUGCUUCCGACAAUGAUGCCAAUGACUGCAAUGCCAAAUAUGAUGCAACAGCCACUAAUGGUCCAGCAGCCUGGAGUUAUGAAUCCAGGAAUGUUAGGAAUGGGUACAGGAAUCAACCCAAACAUGCAGGUAAAAACAGAGACUUGUGUGACCCAAAGUCAGAGCUCAAGUCAGAGUGUCACUUUGACAGCCGAAAGCAUCAAGAAGUCAAACACAUGGACAGAUGCCACUACAAAAGUGAAUAUAAGUCUUGAUGGCCUGAAUCCAAGGAAUAAACAGAAGUUCCCAUCACAAGGACCAUCCCUGAACAAGAUCUCUGGAGCACCAGUUCAGCCAAUGAGUACUGGUAUGGGAAUGAUGUCUCCAGGUAUGGUUGGUGUCAAUCAAGGAAUGGCCGGCAUGUCACUCCAGAGUCCUGGAACAGGUCCCGUUAUGGCAGCAGGUGUACCAAUGAUGGCUGGAGCACGACCUAUGAUGGGCAUGGGCAUGGGACAGCCUAGUAUGAUGGGAGGCAUGCCGCAAGCAGCCAUGGGAAUGCAGAUGGCUAUGACAGCAAACAUGUCCGGAAAUGCAUCCUUUCAGCAGCGAACAGACACAGCGUUCUCUAAGUUCGGCAAUCUAAAACAGUAA